ACUAGAGCGCCUGGCCGAAUUCGGUGAGAACAACAACCGUUAAGUCUUUUUUGUCCGGAAAGAAAGAUACUUAGGCGAGCAAAACUGCUACUUCGCGAAAGAUGUCAUCACUCCGACCACAAAGUAUUCCGGAAACAAGCAAUCAGCAUCAUCCCAGAUCCAAUAAUAGAACCAUCUAUCGGUACGGUAAUAGAGAGUGCGACGAUGGAGUUUGGCAACAGUCAGGUUAAGAAUGGCGGCGACAUGGAGGAAGAGGUGGAUGUGGAUGCCAUGAUCACAGCCAACAGCGAAGCUCGCAAUCAGUAUGAACAUGAGUUGGAUGUGGACGCCGUGAUCUCGAAUGACCCUCCCAACAGCAACCAAGAAGAGUUUGGCACCAGUCAAGUUCGUCGUGGCAGUGAUCCUCCCGACGAAGAAGUGGGUGCGACAGCAGUAGUAGCAGCCACUGCUGCUAGUGUCGCCGUCGAGUCACGCAUGGGACAAGAGCCUCCCGGUGCGUUUCAACACGGUGAAUCCGUCAAAGGCGAGUCUAUCCGAACCCGAGAACCGUCGGUACGAGCCUCUUCCAUCACGGCAGGUUCCGUGAAUCAACAAGAAGUCGAGUUGGACAAUGACGAGGAAGGCAUUGAAGUGGACGAAGAAGGCAACAAAAAAGAAGUGGUCGCAGCUGCUGCCAUUGGUGCCGCCACCGGUGUAGCUGUCGGCGCUACUGUGGCUGCUGCUGACAAGCCAGAAGAAGUGGUUCCUCCACCCGUCGUCGAAAGCCAGGCACAACCACAACAAGUUGUCAUGGACGAAGCCCUACCCAAUGACAAUGUCAACAAUAAUGCGGCGGCACAAGAGGCGAUUGCCGCCAAGACAAGUCACGUCUCGGAGGACCAAUGCUGCACAUUCCGCUGCUGUGGAUACCCCAAUGGCCCCUUUCCGGUCCUCUUUGCCCAAGUGUUCCUGUUGUUGGGAUUAUUGCUCUGUGCUUGGUCCAUGGUGGACUGCAAAUUCAUCGAAGCCACUUCGGGAUACCCCGAGCGGUAUUAUGCUCCCAGCAGUAUCUUUAUUCCCUUGGUCCCUCCUACCAUGUCUCCUACUACAGCACCACCACCUCCCACACGCCGUGGAUUUGGUUUUAUCUUUAAUGAAACCGAACCUGGCAGUUGCGGGUUUAGUGAGGACGGAAGAUCCUGGGACUAUUAUGAUGAAGAAUUGCAAAAUUACAUUGACUUUCUCGGCAGCGAUUGGGAGCUUAUACGGAUCCUAACCGGAGCGUCUUGGGCGACAGGAUGGGUCGCCUGGUUGAUACUAGUGACCCUCACCUGUUGUAGUUAUAUGAAGGCCUUUCGAUGGCUGGGGUCCGCUGUCGUCAUUUUGGCGGUGGGUGGAUUGCAAGCAUCUUGCUUUGCUGUCUUUGGAAGCAGCUUUUGUAUCGACGAUGCAGACUGUAAACCAGCGCGAGGAAUGUGGUUCGCCGUGGGCGGUAUCGCUUCUUAUCUGAUUGCAGGAUUCUUAUUUUGUUUCAUGAGAAACUAUCCCGGAGCCGUGGCGUAGAAAUCGCUAUGAAUUGAAUUGAAUCGAAUCAUACAGUGAAACUCACAGCGACUGCGCCAUGAAUCGAAUCCGCCAAUAUCCCACAGAGACAACCUACCGUAUUGCAGUACGAUGAUACUAUUACCUGUUCCAAUAAUUGAGUUCAUUUGACAUGAUCAGGAGAGGCUAGGAGUGCUAAUAAUCGAUCCACGCGAACUUCUUCUAGCCAGUUCGGUUAUGAAACUCAAUUGUUGAGACUUCAUGAUUCCAUCUUGGAUGGUAUGAAGGCUUCUAGCUAGCUAUAGAACUUGAGUCGUCGCCCCGUGCCGUGCAUAUGUAUCGCGAUUCUCUUAAAAAAUGAAUAAAAUCCUCAAUUUCUCCCCCCUG